CUCACCGUGAAAUGGGCAUUGCGUAGUUGUUGUUUUGACUCAGUAAGCACUUAUGCCUUAAAGAAUGAGAGCCUUAGGGAGAAGGACUGUUGAAAGGAUGCUACGCGGAGAUGGAGAAUGGAGGACCUGCAAGAGUGCAUGACAAGCGGGUCGGUGCCGGUUUGAAGAAAUUAUAAAAAGAGGAGAAACACAUCACCACCUGAAGCCAUGGGGAUACGACAUCUCCUACUUCUGUUGGUCUAUCUAGACCCGCUGUGCGUUCUGAGCACAUCCACAGCCAAGCGGAGCAAACCCCCUCCAAAGAGACCCCCAAAGGUGAAGGAGGUCAACAGCACCGUUGCUCCGACAGUUGCACCCCGACGGAUCACACAAGUCCAGGCGCCCGUCGUUGGUGAUCAUGACACCUGUCUUGGUUACUAUGACGUGAGUGGUCAGUACGACAAAGAGUUUGCCUGCAACAACACUGACCACCGGUACUGCUGCGGGAGCUGCUUCCUGCGCUUCUGCUGUCCUGUGAAAGCCAAACGACUGGAUCAGAGAGUCUGUACCAACUACAACACGCCCGACUGGAUCAAAACCCAACCGCCCUCACCAGCACCCACAGGGGACACGUACGACCCUGCACUGGACCAGACCAACACCACCGUCUACAUCACCUGCGGGGUCAUUGCCCUCAUUAUCAUCCUGGGAAUUUCUGCCAAAGUGGCCUAUGAUAAAGCCACCAGACCGCCUCAAGAAAUGAAUGUCCACAGGUAAGUCCAAGACAUGUCUUUAGCUUUCUCAAGCUUUAGGCUAAUGCACUGCCAGUAUGACAUAGUGAUUUUAUAG